AUGAAGAUUCUUGAGGCACAAUCGGCUGUUCUCACAAAUUACGAGGUGUAUCAGCACGUAUCAGAGCAGCGCGAACGAUACAAAAAUGCCAAGCGCCGUGGUCCCCCAAAUCUCGAGACUGUAGUUCGCGAGCUCCUCCAAUAUCUUCGCACAAACCCCGGUCCUCUAAGCCAGGAACCCCUUCCCUACACCGAGGGAUGCAUCUCCAGACUUCUAGAACGCUUACGGCCUUACAACCUUGCCAAGGGUGAAGUAGUCAUGAUCAUCAACCUGCGCCCCGCCUCAGUCGCUGCUCUCAAUACUGUUGUUGAGGAGAUGUCUGAGCGAUUCAACGAGGAGCAGCAGGAAGCCAUGGUCAAUAUCAUCGCUGAAGUCCUCGGCCAAUUCCCCGCUGCGGAGGAGGGUGCUGAAGAAGGGGGCGUUGAUGUUUCUAUGAACGACGCCGCUGCCUGA